UUUUGUUUACUUUUCUUCUUUUGGUUGUUUUCGCGUUUUGUGCUCGCGAUCCAUGAGCCUUCUGGCUCGGACGGAUCUUACGAGCUCGGUACGAAGCUUGUAACACAUACAUACAUACAUACAUACGAUAGCUGAAGCGAGCGAGAUAAAUACUUACUUGCAUAGACCAUUACAAAAUGACAGACUGGGUGCCACUUGACGAGAAGGAGCUUUUGCAAGAGGACGAUAAUAAAGCUUAUCAUGACAAUGCUUCUCCGCAAGAACAGCAGGCUCCCCGCGGCGAGCCCUUCUCCGACCCCCCAGGCGAAGCCCCCACAGGCCGCAACAACAGCGGCCGUGAGGUCACCCGCGAAAUGAUUCUGCGCGCGCUGGAGCGUCAGCGGCAGGGCGCCUGGCGGCGGGGCUCCGGCGGGCCCACGUCCGAGGACCCGCAUGCGGAGGACCGCUUCCUCGCCGCGCAGUCUCACCUGCACCUGAACGGGCUCCACAUCGGGCGCAUCGCCAACCUGAAGCCGCUGACCACGCUGGAGGUGCUCUACCUGUACGACAACCACAUCCGCGUCAUCGAGGGGCUGUCGCACCUGCGGCGCCUGACGCACCUCUACCUCUCCAACAACGACAUCUCCCAGCUCAGCGGGCUAGCGGGUCUGGGCUGCCUACAGAAGCUGUACAUAGAGCAGAACUGCCUGCAGGUAAUCAGCGGCCUGGAGUCCUGCCCCUCCCUUGAGGAGCUCCACGUCUCCUCACAGCGCCUGCCUCCCGGCACCUCCCUCACCUUCCACCCCGCCUCCAUCACCGCACUCGCACCCACCCUCCGAAUCCUCACCGCCGCGCACUGCGCCAUCUCCUCGGCUGCCGUACGAGGUCUAGCCGGGCUGUACCGCCUGCGCAAACUGGAUCUGUCGUACAACGCCGUGGAUGCGUUUGAGCCGUUGGAUGCGGUGGUCGGACCCGCGGGUCAGUUGGGUUCGCUGGACUUGCGCGGCAACCCGGUGUGUCGGCUACCCAAGUACCGAGACACGGUCAUCCUGAUGAAUGAUUCGGUGACGUCACUGGAUGAUGAGCCGGUCACCGCUCAGAACCGGGAGUUCCUGCUGCGGCUGCACAUCCGCCGCAUGAAGGCCCAAAUGGCAGCAGAGGCCAAGGAAGACGCAGUAGCAACAACAUCCGCAACCGCAGCCACAACAGCCAGCGGCGCUUCCGGCAGUUGCGGCAGAACCAGCGGUUGCGGUACGGCAGCAGCAGCAGCAGCGCCCUCAACAAGCGGCAUGGGCAUGUCGGGGCACGGGUACGGCGGCGGGGAUGCGUACGGCAACAACGGCAACAACAGCAGCAGCGGCCAUGGAGUCUCAGGCGCCCCCAGUCGUGUCCCGCCGCGAACAGGGGGCUUCCAUCCACCUGCACCGGGG